CCGACAAAGUUAGUAACACUAAACUACUAAAAAUAACUCUAUAAACAAAUCAGAUCCGUCUCUCCUUCACUCACUCACUCACUCACAUUCCACCACCGCACCCUUCGACUCCAUUCCCGUCCAUUGUUUCAUUCAUUCAUUCUAACCCUAACCCUAAACCCUAACCCACAAUUUCGAUCUCAUAGUUUUAGUUUCAAAUAAUAAUAAAAACCCAUAUUGUUUUUUCACAUUAUGUAAAUGUAAUAUAUCAUGUAGAUUUGUGCAAUUCAUGGUCGGAUUAAAGAUGGGUCAGGUUUGGUUCGAGCCAAUGGCACCAAGGAUUCCAAGAAGCGUCUGGUUAGGGUGUCAAAGAUCAAUCGUGCUCCUCGUGGGUGGAAAUCACACCUCCUCCAGGUUUUGCACUCGCUAAAUUUUACCUCAAUCUACGCUUGGCUUAAUUCCUCUCAAAUUUUACUUUUUUUGUUUUGGGUUUUAAACAAAAAUCGCAUUUGCUUAAUCUUCGUUUCGGGAAAAAAAAAACAAGCUUCUUUGAUUGAAUCAAUCAAGUGUUCGAGAAAAAGCCACAGUGAAAAUCAUGGAUUUGAAGGCUUUGAAAUUCCAGAUCCUUCAUGGGUCUAUAGCAAGGCGCAUGCUUUACCGCUCAUUCGUGAUCGCCUCGUGCAUUUCAAUCAUUCCCUUGUUUCAAAUUUUAUCUGGUUCGGAUUUUGGAACUAUUGGGUCUUUGGCCACCACUGAUUGUACCGCCAAUUUGGGCUUUGCCACGGCGAGUAUGGCUCCGGGAACGUAUUUGUUUCACACCCAGUUCUUGAAUCCGAUUUGGGGCUCAUUUGAGUCGGCGAAUUGCAAGGAGAAUGUGAAUUUGACCAUUCAUGUGGUUAGAGAGCUAGUGGGUAUGAAGUUGUUGAAAUAUAAUGCGAAAGCUCUCUGUAUUGGAGAAGGGUCGGCCGCGACCGUGUUGACAUUGCAAGAUUUGGGGUUCUCCAAUGCUGGUGGUGUUUAUAGGCACCGCUUUUUCUCGCUUAAGAGUAAGCAGUUUGUUCACGAGCUCGAUUUCGCGGACAAUUCAUUCGAUUUCGUCUUGUCCAGGGAUGUUGAUAAGGUUUCCGUCCCUGCAUUGCUCGUGCUUGAGAUCGAGCGCGUUCUUAGCCCGGGUGGCAUUGGUGCCAUGCUUGUGGAAGGCGUUAGCGGUUCAUUCCCUAACAGCUUGAUUAGGUCUGCCACCCCGGUUUCUUCGUUGCUGAAAAGCUCCAAUGUUGUGCACGUUGGUUAUGUGCAUAACUUUACUCUGGUUGUCUUCAAGAAGAGAUUCCUAAACGCCAGUUACUUGGAGCAGUUUCGCCUUCCGGCUGAUUGCCAGUCUAUUACGAAUAACAAACCUUUCAUGGAUCAACUUGAGCCUCUUGUGGAGGAAAAACCAAUGGAGUUUGAGAAAAGGUUUUCUUAUUUGCCCAUGCUUGUGGAUGUUGAUACUAGGAAGCGGCUAGUCUAUAUUGAUAUUGGGCCAGGGUUGCAUCUAAACUCUAAUUCUUUAAACUGGUUCCUGCCAUCAUAUCCCGUGGAUCGCAAAGAUUUCAAUGUUUAUUUUGUUGAUCAUAACACUUCAGUUCUGUUAUCCCUUGUCAAAAAGCCUGGUAUGACCUUCGUUUAUCAUCCGGGCUUGGCUGGAGAUAAGGAUUCGGAUACCCCUAGUUUUGAUGAAGACAUUGAUCCGCCAAUGGAAAUUGAAGGGUUUGAUUUCCUUUCUUGGUUUAAAGAAACAGUGCAAUAUGCAGAUUUUGUGGUCCUGAAGAUGAAUGCAGGUAAAGUGGAAAUAAAGUUCCUCUUGGAGUUGUUUGAGAGCGGAGCGAUAUGCUAUGUUGAUGAGAUGUUCCUGAACUGCUCAGAUAAUGUAGAUGUUGCUGUUGCAAUCAAGGGAGAAUGUAUGGAUCUCUUCAAGGGCCUUAGAAGCAGUGGUGUCUAUGUCCAUCAGUGGUGGGGAGACUAAAAUUGCACUGUUGUGUGUUGAAAAUUUGGUUUCAUGUGUGUCGUUUAAGUGUAUUCAGACUAGCUCUGCUGUCUGCUAUGUUGUUUGAGUCCUGUCGUUUAGGGUGUAUGAACAUCCAAGUUGCUUUGUGGUUGGGCAUUUUAAACUAAAUAAGCAACCACAUGUUGUUGUUGUUUGAGUUUGUCGUUUAGGAUGCAUGAACAUCCAAAUCGCUUAGUGGUUGGGCACUAAUUAAUAUAUAAAAAAGCAACCAUUAGCUUUCUACUUAA